UAAAUUCAUUGAUAUAUUUAUGUUUUGUGUACAAAUUUAUAAUGUUUUUGUUAGACUUGGCAUCGUUGUGUAAAUAUAAAGAAUUUAUUUGUAAUAUUUGGAAGUUUCGUGAAUUUCCCAAUGUAAUCAAAAUAAAUUAUAAGAUAAUUUGAACUCUAAACCACAAUAAUUUAUUAGUGAUUAUCCUGAACUACAGUAGAAAUGUCUGUUGGUGAAAUUCUAACCUAGUUUUUUUACGGGACGAUACAGUGUUGUUUGUUGUUGUCGUUUUAGUGUAAAUUUAAUAAUUUUAUAGUUGAUAUUUGUUAUGGCAUCGCUUUGGGUGGGUUCGGAUGUGGAUUUGACCACUCUGCAUCAAUGCAGAGUGGCCGAGAGGUUAGAAUUUCGUCUGGCUUGUUUGCACAAAAACCGUAAUUUAUCGCAAAUAUCGCAAAAGAUAAACGAACUAAUCGAGAAGGAGAGUUUCGAGGAGUUGGAGGACAAUUUCAGCAGGCGAAGGAGAUCGGGGACUUGGCCGAGAACAAGAUCUCUUAACGCACCAAGCCCAGUGCAACAAUUUGGACCAUGUGGAAGAAUAAUGAAAAAUUCCGCCAUGGUUAUGACCAUUCAAGACCCGGCCAGUCAGCGAUUAACAUGGUACAAACCACCUUUGACAGUUCUAGUUAUAAAAAAAGUCAGAGAUGCUUCCGUUCUAUCUCCUUUUGUACAAUUGGUCCAAUGGUUAAUACAGUCCAAACGCAUGGUGGUUUUCGUCGAAGCGGCGGUCAUGGAAGACGCCCACUUGGACCAGCACAAGACCUUCAUGGAGAUCAAGGAUAAGCUGAUGACCUUCAAGGACGGCAAGGACGACUUGACCGACAAAAUAGACUUCAUCGUGUGCUUGGGAGGCGACGGGACCCUGCUGUACGCCAGUCAGCUGUUUCAGCAGUCGGUUCCCCCCGUCAUGGCCUUCCAUUUGGGGUCCCUGGGGUUCUUGACCCCCUUUCGCUUCGACAACUUCGAGGAGCAAGUCAACAACGUUUUGGAAGGUCACGCGGCCUUGACCCUGCGCAGCCGCCUGCGCUGCAUCGUAAUCAAGAAGGGCGAGAAGCAGCACGGCGACGACAAAAAGACCGCCCGACCGCCCACCAACCUGCUCGUGCUCAACGAGGUGGUGGUGGACAGGGGCCCCUCGCCCUACCUCAGCAACAUCGACCUCUUCCUCGACGGCAAGCACGUCACCUCGGUGCAGGGCGACGGCCUCAUAGUGAGCACGCCGACCGGAAGCACGGCGUACGCGGUCGCGGCCGGCGCCUCGAUGAUACAUCCCAGCGUGCCGGCGAUCAUGGUCACGCCCAUCUGCCCCCACUCGCUCAGCUUCCGGCCGAUUGUGGUGCCCGCCGGCGUCGAGUUGAAGAUAUCAGUUUCGCCGGAUAGCAGGAACACUUCAUGGGUCUCGUUUGACGGCCGUAACAGACAGGAACUUUUGCAUGGAGACAGCUUAAGGGUGACAACUUCGAUAUACCCGGUUCCGAGUAUUUGCGCCCAAGAUCAAAUUUCCGAUUGGUUCGAUUCCCUCGCUGAGUGUUUGCAUUGGAACGUGAGGAAAAGGCAAAAACAUUUGGACGAAUUGGAGGACUUGACUCACUCUAGUUCCAACGAUACGUUGGAUUCCAUAGAACAAACCGAAAUAAUCAAAAAGGAGCCUUGCUAGGCGUUUUUUUGUUUUGUUUUUUUUUAACUUAACUAAAGUCAAAAAUUUUAAGAUCUUGUUACCUAAAUGUUUACCAUUUUUUUUAUUAAAUAAUGUUUAUAUUAAAAGUGAUAAAAAAUUGUUUAUAUUUUUUUACAAGCUCAGGUUAGGGUAGGUUAAGUUUUUAUCAAUAGGUGCACUGAAAUAAUAUUUUGGACCAAAUAGUGCCAAUUAUAUUUAAAUUUUGAUAGUUUAUUUAUUUGUUCACAGAUUUUUUAUAAAAUAAAGUUUUUAGAACGUU